UCAUCUUUCCGGUUUGGAUCGCUCUUUCAGUACGGCAAGAUGGCUGAUCAGACCGAGCGUGCUUUUCAAAAGCAGCCCACGAUCUUUCUUAACCGCAAGAAAGGUCUGGGCCCCAAGAGAAGGAAGCCCAUGAGAUAUAGCCGCAAUGUCGGCCUUGGCUUCAAAACACCUCGCGAAGCUCUUGAGGGAACUUACAUUGACAAAAAAUGCCCAUUCACUGGUAACAUUUCGAUCAGAGGACGCAUUCUCACUGGUGUUGUACAGAAGAUGAAAAUGCAGAGGACCAUUGUCAUACGUAGGGAUUACCUACAUUAUAUCAGAAAAUACAAUCGCUUUGAGAAACGUCAUCGUAACAUGAGUGUACAUCUCAGCCCUUGCUUCAGAGAUGUAGAAAUUGGUGAUGUAGUCACAAUUGGAGAAUGCAGGCCCCUUAGUAAAACAGUCAGAUUUAAUGUUUUGAAGGUAUCCAAGGGAACUGGAUCAAAGAAAAGUUUUAAGAAGUUCUAAGAUUGUAGGAAAUACAAUCUGUGGAAAACAUGGUAUGCUUGCAAAUUGGCUGAGAAGACAGAAAACAUCAGGUUGCAGAAGUUACAAGACAUGAAUUACCAUCUUGUCUUGUAAGUUAUGGCAUUUAAAAAUAAAUAAAGGAAUAAAAAAACAUUUCUA